UAAGGAUCUAGAGGCCUCUUGAAGUUCCUGAAAAUAAAAUUCAACAAAAGUGGAUCGAAAAAAGUCUUAAAGAACAUAAAAAUGUCGUCACAUUGGUUAAUACUCUUUGGAAUAGUAUGCUUGCUAGCAGGCAGCACUCAGGGUGCCUCGAAGCGUUUCUUCACAGACUUCCUGCAGGACCUCCCCACACCCGGCACCGGAGGACCCACCUUCGACACCACCAUCGGCACCAACAUCACCGGACUCGUUGGCAAGACUGUCAAGUUGACCUGCCGCGUCAAGAAUUUGGGAAAUCGAACGGUCUCCUGGGUGCGUCAUCGGGACAUCCACCUGCUGACCGUCGGCCGCUAUACGUACACCUCCGACCAGCGGUUCGAGGCAAUGCACUCGCCCCACGCCGAGGACUGGACGCUCAGGAUCAGGUACGCCCAGCGCAAGGACUCGGGCAUCUACGAGUGCCAGAUAUCGACGACGCCGCCCAUCGGACAUUCCGUUUACCUCAAUAUUGUUGAACCCGUCACCGAGGUCAUCGGCGGACCAGAGCUGCACAUCAACCGCGGCUCCACCAUCAACUUGACUUGCAUUGUGAAGUUCGCCCCGGAGCCACCACCCACCGUCACCUGGUCGCACAAUCGAGAGGUCAUAAAUUUCGAUUCACCUCGCGGCGGUAUAUCAUUAGUCACCGAGAAAGGUGUGUUGACCACCAGCCGGCUUCUGGUGCAGAAGGCCAUCUCGCAGGACUCGGGACUCUACACAUGCACCCCCUCCAACGCCAAUCCGACUACGGUGCGCGUGCAUAUCGUCGAUGGUGAACAUCCGGCGGCGAUGCAUCAUGGCAAUUCUGGGGCCUUUCGACCGCCGGGCCUGGUGUGGCUGCUGCUCUUCAUGUGCGGACUGCCGCUGCUCAGCCAGGCGGUGGCCCAGUGCCGGGGUCUCGCCCACGCCCUUGGACAGGCAGCGCCCCAUCGACGCAGUACCGCCCACCAGCCAUUCAAGGCCACCGCCAGCAAGGACAAGGACAAACAACGAAGCAACGAAGAGUCACGGAACAAGUCACUGGAACAGGAUCUGGAGGAGGAUCUAGAGGAGGAUGUGGAGGAGCCACUGGCCGGGCGCCAGGUAGUCCAGGCGACUUUUAAUCCGAUGGAUUAUUUUGCGCCACACCCAAUAGAUAGAGUAUAAACACAUCAUUUAUGCACACCACACUUUUUUUGGCCAGCUGUUGAUGAAGUGCAAUUAAAACUACAUGAGGUUCAUGUUUGCUGGCUUUUUUCUGGCUGCAUAAAUAAAAUGAUGUCAACUAGGCAAUUAAGGUCCAGGUGUUAAAUUGCGACCCAAUCGAUUACUGGAUUUCAUCAAAGCGGAAAACAAAUUAUGACACGGCCGGAAUUUAAUUUGCGGAAUAAAGGCCGUGAGUACCCGCAAACAAGGAAUUUAAGCCUGGAUGCAUAUAAUCUGCUCGGUCUCCAUUACCUGCAACAGGUUUACCUGUAAAUAGUUUUUAAGAGGUUUUUUUUAGUUGUAAGAUUCAUUGUAUUUAAAAAAUGUAAAGGAC